AUGCAACAGAAAGUAAAGGCUGAUACCUUUGCUGCAACCAUACUAAUAAGGCAACGAAGGUGUGAAGUGACUCAGUUUUACGUUUGUUUGCUUUGCGCAAAGCGGGACAUGAAUGGGCCGUUAUCUCUCGUCAUCGGCCUACCUUUGGCAGUUUACUGGCAUUCGAAGGAGUGUGGAGUGCCGUUUCUUGAAUUUUUCGGAAAUGAGAAAUUAACACAAGCACAUUCUUUGGAUGGAUCACGCAGAAAAUUUUCUGUGGAAAGGGCGAGACGAGCAUAUAGAAAUGUUCCAACAAAUUUGUAUGGUCUCUUAAGCCUAAAUUUUACUCUGUUUGAAACAGCAGAGUUUAACCUGAGUUCAGCAAAUUUUAAGAACUAA